GCUCUCGGUUCAGCUAAGCAUCCGGACGUUUGCCUCCAGUGGUCUCAUUUACUACAUGGCUCAUCAGAACCAGGUUGAUUACGCCACGCUCCAGCUUCACGGGGGCCACCUCCACUUCAUGUUUGACCUUGGUAAAGGCAGAACACAGGUCUCCCACCCUGCGCUGAUCAGUGAUGGCAAGUGGCACAUGGUGAAGACAGAGUAUGUUAAAAGAAAAGGCUUCAUGACUGUUGACGGCCACGAGUCCCCCAUGGUGACCACGGUGGGGGAUGGGACCACACUGGACGUGGAGGGGAGGUUGUACCUAGGGGGCCUUCCCUCCAACUACAGGGCCAGGAACAUUGGAAAUAUCACCCACAGCGUUCCUGCCUGCAGCGGGGAGGUGACAGUUACCAGCAAACAGCUGGACAAGGACAUCCCGGUAUCUGCCUUUGCAGUGAACAGGUGCUAUGCAGUGGCCCAGGAAGGAACUUUCUUUGAAGGGAGUGGAUGUGCAGCUCCUGUUAAAGAAGGCUACAAAGUCCGAUCAGACGUAAACAUCACACUGGAGUUUCGUGCUUCCUCAGAGAACGGCGUCCUCCUGGGGAUCAGCAGUGCUAAAGUGGAUGCCAUUGGCCUAGAGAUUGUACAUGGCAAGGUCUUGUUUCAUGUUAACAAUGGUGCUGGUAGGAUAACAGCCACAUAUGAGCCCAAACCUACCAAUACUCUCUGUGAUGGAAAAUGGCAUACACUUCAGGCUAACAAAAGCAAACACCGUGUUGUUCUGAUUGUCGAUGGGAAAACAGUUGUUGCUGAAAGUCCACACACCCAGUCCACCUCGGCGGACACCAACAAUCCCAUUUAUGUUGGUGGCUAUCCUGCUGAAGUAAAGCAGAACUGCCUGAGCAUCCAGACCUCGUUUCGGGGGUGUUUGAGAAAGCUCACGUUCAUUAAGGGCCCACAUGUGCAAUCCUAUGACUUCAGCAGAGCUUUUGACCUACAGGGAGUUUUCCCCCAUUCCUGUCCUGGGACUGAACCCUGACUCCAGACAAAAUCCUCAGUUGGAAUCCUUGCUUAUAUUUUGAGAAGAAUUAUUUUUACAAAUUAAAAUCUCUUCAAUUCAGAUUUCAUUCCAACUCAGGUUAAGUGUUUCCGCAGAGAAAUAUGUUUAUAUUAAAGUAAAGCCACAUGUACAACGAAUACCUCUAUUAAAUAGUCUAAAAUGUAAAUUGAAUUAAUUGGCUGUCUUUUUUUAAAGCUUUUUAAAAAUAAAUAUUUGUAAACAUUGAGUGUUUUGUUGAUUACUUGACAGUAUUUCAUAUUUUGCAUUUUGAGCUUUUAAAAAUAAAAUAUUACAGACUAUAAUAGAUUAA